ACAAAAAGGUCGCGAGAAUAAAGGAAAUGAACACCAAGUAAAGACGCUCUCGGUUAUGAAACAAAUUUUCUUGUCAGCACUUAGGAAAUAUACUAAGAACAAUAUGAAGAAUGUGCAUGUUUAUUAUCCAAUUGUGCUUCGUAGAGUACAAAUAACACCCAAGACGAGUACAAACAUCGCGCGGUAUUUGUACUCCAGAGAACAUCGAGAGAAAUCUCUCGCACUGAGAUAACAAUUUGGCGUAUUGGAUAAUAAAUCUCUUACUGACUAGACGUUUUGUUGUGUAGUAUCGCUGAGUAUUUUGACUCGUUGUUUGUAUUUUGACCCGCCCUUCGGGCUCGACUCGCAAAAAUACUCAGCAAUACAACACAACGAAACGUUUCAUAGCAAAUAUUGAUUUUAAGGAUGUAAAAGGUUCAAUAGCCAGAAUCACUGUGGAGUUACCGUUCCAUACUUGCGCGCUAUUCUGCUCCUCCUCGGUGGAGGAACCUGCCACUUUCGCGGGUGACGUAAACCGAAGACAGCAAAUAAGGGAAAGCGAUAGAACCAAGGAAAAUAAUUUUAACAAGACAAAGAAAAACUUAAAGUUUCUUGCAUUGCGACAAACCCGCUUUUUUAUCCUCCCUGUACAUGCACGGAAAUCCGUUUUGAAUGAAGGUGAAGGGCUCCUUUACCCGGACACAGGCUGGUUAUUUAGGGGACGACUCCAACUUAUACGGAAAAUGUUGGUUUGAUAAAUAAAUAAAAAAACUGCCCGCUUAUUAUCAGAGAUUAUUCCUAAGGGAGGUAACUCACUCUUUCACGCUUUUAAUUUGUGCUCCAUUUUGACCAAGUUGCCACAAACAAAAAAUACGGGUUGUUACUAUUAAAGAGGCCUCUGAUUAUUAUCGCCCGACACUAACGAGACUCUAAUCACAGUAACAAACACAAAGACUCUUGAUGACGUCACAAGGGCCAGAUAUUGACCAGGAGUAUUGUAUUUGAAGAAGUUAAUAACUCCAAGUUAUUUACAUUCGUUAAAGACAACGGAACGCCGCGUUAGAUGCCAACAGAUCGGAAGAUGAGUUAUCGAAAAGACAGCAGAGCUAGGAAAAUUAGCGAGGCGGGUGAACUUUCCUCAGAAGUGAUUUCAGAAUUUCGCGAGGCGUUUUCCUUGUUUGAUCACGAUGGAGAUGGCACCAUAACCACGAGCGAGCUCCAAACAGUCAUGGAAAGAUUGGGGUUGAGCUCAGACCAAGAACAACUAAAUGAAAUGAUCAGAGAGGUGGAUGCAGAUGGAAGUGGUGCAGUGGAUUUUGAGGAAUUCUGUGUCCUAAUGCAGAAGAAAAUUGCACAGGAAACCCAGUCCGAGCUCCUGGAAUUGUUCAGUAUCUGGGAUGUGGCUGGUGAGGGGAUCAUUGAGUCGGGAGAGUUAAGGUGCUUACUGAACAGAGUCCCAGUGCGGCUGACGAGGGGAGAGAUUGAUGCACUGGUUAAUCGUGCAGAUACCAAGAAAAAUGGGAAAAUCAAUUUUGAAGAGUUUGUCAAAAUGCUGUCCUAGAGAAAGAGCACCCGAUUCAAGAAUUUCUCUAACACUUAGGAGUUGGAAUAGAGAAUUGACAAACUAAUAAACAAAUCAUUAUGCGUCUUUGGA